AACAAGAAUCCAAGAACGAAGCAAGGCGACAUCGUGUUAAAGAGAAAGGCAGCGGCAAUCGGGCAUAAACAAAUACCUUGGCGGGUGCAAAACCACACGACCCUCCAUCCUCUCUCCUUCACAGACGCCAGUGUGUCCGGCAUUGCAAAAACAACAAACAAGUGUUGCAGCACUUUUGAGGCAGAGUUAGCUGAUGCCAUUCCUGUUGUUAAGACCUCAAUUGCUGGCACUCGGAUAAUUGGACGGCUAUGUGCUGGUAACAAGAAUGGGCAUCUUGUGCCUCAUACCACCACUGAUCAAGAACUCCAACACUUGAGAAACAUUCUACCUGAUCAAGUAGUUGUUCUGCGGACUGAGGGGAAACUAUCCGCCCUGGGGAAUUGUAUAGCAUGCAAUGAUGACACAAUGACCUUGACAGGAUCCUCAAAAUUGUCAAGAACAAACUCUUCGGGAGUAGCAGGUAUCCCAUUUCAGGCCCUGAAAGUGAAUCACAGGAAACCGAGGAGAUGUUCUAGGGGUUGAAGUUUUUUGGCAGACAAUAGCUGGUAACAUUCUUGUGGGGAGUUACUGUGCCAUCUCCAACAGAGGCGGUUUGGUCCAUCCUCGUACAUCCAUUGAAGACCUGGAUGAGCUUUCCAUCCUUCUCCAGGUCCCUUUAGUUGCUGUUACUGUAAACCGCGGCAG